UUAAGCAAGGCAGUUCGCCAAGAAAAUUUCCCCAAACUCGGAGAGGGCAGGGCUGGCGAACUGUUGUCCGUCCCUAUCGAUCAAAGGGCCCGAGGGAGCAUUGCGCUAAGCCAAAUCGGGAUAUUCUUGCGAACCAUCGCAAUCCUUGUCUAUAAGAGUAGCAGUGCUGGACAAGAUGGGUGGUAG